AGGAUAGAAUCCUACCGCCCCGAGGCCGAGCUGAGCCGGGAGGACACGGGCUGCAACCUGCAGCACAUCAGCGACCGGGAGAACAUCGACGAUUUGAACAUGGAAUUCAACCCAUCAGAUCAUCCACGGGCCAGUACAAUAUUUCUCAGUAAAUCACAAACAGAUGUGAGAGAAAAACGCAAGAGUCUCUAUAUAAACCACCAUCCUCCUGGGCAGUUGAGAAGGAAGUACAGUUCCUGCUCCACUAUUUUCCUGGAUGACAGCACAGUCAGUCAACCAAACCUCAAGUAUACCAUCAAAUGUGUAGCUCUUGCAAUAUAUUACCACAUCAAAAACAGGGACACAGAUGGAAGAAUGCUCUUAGAUAUUUUUGAUGAAAACCUUCAUCCCCUUUCGAAAUCCGAAGUGCCACCAGAUUAUGACAAACAUGAUCCGGAGCAGAAACAGAUUUACCGCUUUGUUCGGACGUUGUUCAGUGCUGCUCAACUGACUGCUGAAUGUGCCAUUGUCACCCUGGUAUAUCUUGAAAGACUUCUAACUUAUGCAGAGAUAGAUAUCUGUCCAGCAAACUGGAAGCGAAUUGUACUGGGUGCGAUUCUCCUGGCAUCCAAAGUUUGGGACGACCAGGCAGUGUGGAACGUGGAUUACUGCCAGAUUCUGAAAGAUAUCACUGUCGAAGACAUGAAUGAGCUGGAACGCCAGUUUCUUGAGCUGUUGCAGUUCAAUAUUAAUGUCCCUUCCAGUGUUUAUGCCAAGUAUUAUUUUGAUUUGCGUUCCCUGGCAGAAGCGAAUAACCUGAGUUUUCCUUUGGAGCCCCUCAGCAGGGACAGGGCAUAUAAACUUGAGGCCAUUUCCCGCUUGUGUGAAGAUAAAUAUAAGGACUUCAGGAAAGCCGCAAAGAAACGGUCAGUCAGUGCUGACAAUCUGACUGUGGUUAGAUGGUCCCCUGCUAUUAUCUCCUAACAGAGGAGGCUGGAAUACUCCUACGGACGUACUGUUUCAUCCAUCCAUUUUUUGGGGCUGGGCUGGGGG